AUGGUAGUCAGUAGUCGUUUGCUCAGUUCGUCACUAUCGUUGCCAAUUGCUGCCAAGUGCGGCCACUGCCGUCACGCCAACAGCAAUGACUCAAUGAGGUCAAUAUUUAUGAUAAAUUCAUCUGUUGCAGUACUCUUUAAUUUGGAAAUUAAAUCAGCGGAGAGUUCAAAAGGAAGUUGUUUGUAUGGAUCAACAAGGUUGGUUCGAAAGGAACAGCAGGUUUCCAUAGUUCUAUACAGCGAUGACAUUCCCAAAUACAAGAACUUGUUCCUCCUUUUCCACACAUAUGUUGUUUCUUGUGCGAAAGUUAGGGAUGCCCGUGGCUACUCGAUACGAGCCGGUAGGUACGAAUGGGUAGCAGACAAAUACACAAUUGUUGAGCCGAUUACCGACAACGAUGGAUUGGAAGCACCACUGGCUGCUCUAGAAAAGUUGAGCCCACUUCCUUUCUCAGCGAUUGAACAACAACAUCCAGGUUCUGAAUUUGACUUACUGGCAGUAGUAGUUAACUGCAGCGCCCUGCAAUACACAGCUGACCAGAGCAAACACUUUCGGGAAGCGAUUGUGAUGGAUCAAAGCAAGAAACCUUUUCUAUUUACUAUAUGGGAUGACCUAGCUGACAAUGAAGGGACUACCUUAUUGGAUCACCUACACGAGCAUCCCGCCAUUCUUGCCAAGCGUAUAGGCAUCACUGAAUUCCGUGGUGUUUUGAGAUUGGCAACAAGAUAUCAAACAACAAUUUUACCAAAUCCUCAAUACGUGCAGGGUGAAGCAGAUCGAACAAAUGUUGUCGUCUUAUACUUUAGAAGCUCCUCAUCAUCAACCUCCUCACUGAAUCUUGCACCUAUUGAAGAUCAAGUACAAUCUAUAUCCACCAUUCCACAGUCGUUGUCUAUGGUACAAACUGUUCCUGUGGAAGGCAGAAUAUCGCUUCCCGAUCAUUCUCAAUCAUUUUACUUGCUUGCCUGUUCAAACUGCAAUCACUAUCUUCUGCCAAUUAAAACUAACAGUGAUUUGUGUCGGGUUCAUAUCACUAAUGAUACAACAAAACCUGUCUGCAUGAUGUGCCACUUCAACAUUGACUUCACAGAUUCCAACGUGACAAUUACAGCAACAGUGUCAGAAGCUUUAGCAGAAAGAAUACUGUCCCUAACUGUCGACCAAAUAUAUGACAAAGUUGUUGUCCAGAAACAACCACUGUCUAUUGCCGGUAUAAAUCGCCAACUUGAUCGUGAACUGUUUAAACUGCAAUUACAAAAGUCAGCUUUCAGAUUUCCAGACCAAAAACCAGAUGCGCUAGCUAUUGCGUCAUUCACUAAAACAGAACAAACAGGUAUAUGA